ACAUAUCCGUCGACUCGCUGGAGUACAAAAUCAUACAAAAGCCGCGAAGAAACCGCAUCCAAGAUGAGAGACUAGGCCUGUCGCCUGCAUCGCUUUCACUCUUUUCUGUGCAGCUGGGUCCAGUCUUUGGUGUUCCUCUUUCCGUCGCAUUCAUUUUUUGACUUUCACCGCGUUCUUUACUCUUAUAUCAAUAACGACGAGGGUAUCGCCCAGGCACGAUGACUCCGUUCUGGCUCAGUACAGCCGCGUGGGCCCUAGGGCUCUUGCUAUAUGUCGAGGGUGGCUCGGCGACAGAGAUUUCCGAACUCAGAAAGCCUGCCAGCCCUGGAUAUCGUGGUUCAGAUCCUUGUCCCACAUCUUGCCGCAUCACAGGUCCCAAUCCAUCCAAUUGGUCGGCAUACCAUAAUUUUGAGCAGUUGCAGUCCUGCAAGCAGUCCUUGUUUUACGAGUUUUCCCUGUACGAUAAGGUGGAUGACCCGGAGACCUUUCACCGUAUUUACGCCUGCGCAUCAAAUGGCGCGGAUUGGUACAAUCUUCCACAAUCACAAAAGCAGGUGAAGACCACUGUCGAGUCUGUAGACUCUACCUACCAGAUUGGGUGGUGGGCCGACGGGGCAUUAUCUGCAACCGGCAUCAGUGCGGUUUUGGAGCAGAUGCGCCGCUACCUAAAAGUCGAUCAUGCAGCAAGCAAGAACAGCACGUUCUUGUUUGCCCGCUUGGGCUCAGCCUCGGUUGGCGUUUACAUUGGAAAGAGUCUGCAGAAGGAGAGCGUCAGCUCCUUCGCCCUCAGGACCGCGGAACAUAAUAUCCCCAAGCUUCCUGUCAAUACUGGAACCGUGGCUAUGCAGCUUUGUGACCAGAACAAGGACAGUGAUUUUACCUUUGGGUUGAUUGCUUCGAGCAAUGGCACUUUUGCCGCCGUGCAAGAUGCGAUGAAGGCUUGGGCCAAAGGAGGUUGUCUCUCGUUCCUUGAUAGCAAGAACAUCACUGGCACGGCGGCUCUGACUACGCCGCUGCUCGGCUCAACCAUUGCAACAAAUUCAAAGGCUGUUUCUAGCUCAAUAUCAUCUCUCGGUGCGAAACAGUCGGCAGCACUGCUGGACCUUGCGCCCAAGCCUGGUGCGGAUGGGUCGUGUGCCACGUAUACAGUUCAACCGAAUGACAACUGUUCCAACCUGGCUGCUGCGUACAGCUUGACUAUCGGCGAGCUGGAAGAGUUCAACAAAAACACCUGGGGCUGGAACGGAUGCUCGAACGUUUGGAAAGGCACCGUUAUGUGUCUCAGCACGGGAACGCCGCCCAUGCCAGCCCCCUUGGAGAACGCGGUCUGUGGCCCUCAAAUGCCCGGCACUCCCAUCCCGUCAGAUACGACUAAUCUCACCCAUCUCAAUCCAUGCCCGCUGAAUGCCUGCUGCAAUGUUUGGGGUCAGUGUGGUAUUACGGAUGAAUUCUGCAUCGACACGAGCACUGGUGCACCAGGGUCCGCUGAAAAAGGCACAGCCGGUUGCAUCUCCAACUGCGGCACCCAGCUUGUCCGCAGUGAUGCCCCCGAGGUCUUCCGAAGUAUUGCAUACUAUCAGGGGUACAGUUUCAAUGGUCGGGAAUGUCUGUACCAGGAUGCCCUACAGAUUGAUGGUUCGAAGUACACGCAUCUGCACUUCGCGUUCGCCACACUCACCGAUGACUACGAGGUCGUGUUCGAAGAUAAAAUUAUGGAAUAUGAGUUCUCGAACUUCCUGAACAUCUCAGGCCCCAAGAAGGUUCUCUCUUUUGGCGGCUGGGGCUUUUCCACUAGUCCCGAUACUUAUCACAUUUUCCGCCAGGGCGUCAAGCCCGCCAAUAGGCUGAAGUUUGCUACCAAUGUCGCCAACUUCAUCAAGGAUCGCGGCGUUGAUGGCGUUGAUGUUGAUUGGGAAUAUCCAGGAGCCCCUGACAUGCCCGGUAUCCCCCCUGCCGACCAAGACGACGGCGAAAACUAUCUCGCCUUUCUCGUUGUCCUCAAAAAUCUGCUCCGGGGGAAGUCGGUUUCAAUUGCAGCGCCGUCUUCGUAUUACUACUUGCAAAACUUCCCAAUUGAGACCAUGGGCAAAAUCGUCGACUAUAUCGUCUAUAUGACCUACGACUUUCAUGGACAAUGGGACGCAGGAAGCAAGGAUUCACAAAUUGGUUGCCCUUCAGGCAUGUGUCUCCGCAGCCAUGUCAACCUGACUGAAACUAUGAGCUCGAUGGUCAUGAUCACCAAAGCAGGCGUUCCCUCGAACAAAGUGGUCAUCGGGAUGACAAGCUAUGCUCGAUCAUUCGCCAUGGCCGAUCCCCAAUGCCACGGUCCAGAGUGCUUCUUCACCGGAGCCCCUACCGACUCACCCGCAACGAAAGGCGUAUGCACAGCCACAGGAGGCUACAUCGCCGAUGCGGAGAUAAACGAGAUUAUCAGUAACUCCAGCCGAGUCAGUCAGCAAUAUACCGACUCAACCAGUCACAGCAGUAUCCUGGUCUACGACGAUAAUCAAUGGGCCGCUUACAUGAGUCCUGCGAUCAAGACCGCGCGGAAGACCGUCUACAAGAACCUGAAUAUGGGCGGGAGCAGUGAUUGGGCCACGGAUCUGCAGGAGUACAAUGAUCCGCCCAACAAUGGUACUACCUGGGCCGAGUUCAAGAAAGCGGUCAACAAUGGCGAGGACCCAUGGCAGGUCGAAAACUGAACCAGGGCAUUGGAGGGACCAGCCGGCCGUGUAUGUUUACAACAUGCCACCAUGGAGCUGAGAGGGGAUGGAAGGCGAUCACGCAUGGACUGACGCAAUUAAUGUAUAUACGAAGAUAUAUCGGCCUAAUAAGAAUAAGGAUAAGGUGGGCUAAAGCUUCUCUCAUUCAAUGGCGCACGUCAUUUCGGUGCCGCCACAAGCUGUGGGAUUUUGCUGGAUACUGCUA